AUGAGGAUUUAUGAAAAUGAGAGUUCACCUGAUCCAUUGAACGGAAGCGAAGCGAAUCCUUUGGAAGAUGGUUCAUGCGCCAUCAAGAUAGAGAACUCGUACACGUUGGCGAAGAAGGAACGAAGGAAUCGAAAUCAAAGGGACCUAAGAAACCCAUCGAAUCGAGGAAAGCAAGGAGAGAGGCCGAGUCACUUUGAGUGUGACUUUUGCGGUAAACAGUUCAACCGGAAAUCGUUCUUGGCGUCUCACAUGAAGCAGCACAGGCACCGUUGCAAGACCUGUAACCAAACCUUCAGAUUGAGGAAAGACUUGAAGCAGCACACGGAACAAGUGCACGGGCCGGUGUUGUACCCUUGCACCAUCUGCGAGUACAAGAGCAACAACAGGUGGACGUUGAAGGAUCAUUUCAUUCGAAAGCACACGAGCAGUUUCGACUAUUCGUGCUCCGUUUGCGGGAAGCAAUUCAAGAUAAAGAACGACAUGGUGCAACACGCGAAGCAAAUGCACAGCAAUGCACCGCCCAUUAUUUGCACCGUGUGCGGCCACGCGUGCAAGAGCGUGCCCUCUUUGAAGGCCCACAUGAAAUACAGGCAUUACAAGCCGGCGUUCGAGUGCAGCUUGUGCAAACGAUGCAUGACCACUCAAUACAACCUUGACCAGCAUUUGCUGUGGCACGAGAAAAAGGAGAAGGUCGUGUGCCCCACCUGCGGCAAGACCUUCGGCCAGAAGAGGGAUUUGGAUCUUCAUCUGAGGAUCCACGAGGGCAUCAGGCCGUUCUCUUGCCCUGUCUGCGGCAAAAAGUUCCCGAGGCGGACUGCUCAGGAGCAACACAUACUGAUACACACCGGCCAGAGGCCGUACACUUGUGAUAUAUGCGGGCAGAAGUUUGCUCAGAAGCCGGGAUUGAUCUGUCACAGGAAGCGGCAUCCUGGACCCCUACCACCCCUCCCUGUCAUCUCUAUUAGGAAGAUUAUCGCGGAUUUUACUCAGGGAUUAAAUGAUGCGACGAUAGAGAAAAAGGAGAAUUGAUCGAAUUGAGGAGUGUAGUGAUUGAUUUCGUACACCUUUUUUUCUUUUUUUUUUUAUUAAAUAUUCGUGGUUCUGGUUCUUGCAAUGCUGUCUCGUGAUUCUAAGUGUAAAAUUAGAGUUGUUUUCUUUUAAUAUCGUACGAUUAAUAUAUUUUUAUUGAUAUCGGUGAUUACUAAAUUGCAGAUGUUUAGACAUCAUAAAAAAUAAAAAAUUUUUAUUAUGCAAAGCUUGAAAGUUUGAAUUCAAUUUUAAAUUCAUUUUUUUUUUAUCGUGUUUACAAAAAUGAUAUGAUUUUUCAUUCAAAUAUUUGCGGCGUAGUAAUCAUCAGUAUUGUUGGUUAUUCGUAGUGUUGAAUAUUAUGAUUACGUAUUAGAUUUUUAUCCGUGUCGUUAUCUUUGAUAAAAUAUUAGGAAUAAAAAGAGGAAGUAUACUUUUUUUUAUUAUAAAUAACGAAUCUAUCAUGUGAAAAAUAUUUUAUUACGUUUAGAAACUCCAGACAGUAUAAUUUUAUAUACGUUGAAAGGGAAUUGUAUAAAGAUGAAAUAAUCGAUUAUAUACUUGAUAGUAUAUAUUGGACAAAAUGUUAAUGAGGAAUUGUCAAAAGAAUUUGUACAUCUCGUCGUUUUACGAGAGAUCGUUGUAUUAUUCAUUGUUUACUUUGUUACAGCAUAAUUUGUAUUAGUAUACGUAUAUAUGUAAGUAUGUACUUUGUACGCAAACAGGCUUUAAUUGUACGUUAAAACGAUAAUUAUUUUUCGGUACGUCCACAUUACGUCCACAUUUCUCGGAAGAUCGAAUAUAUUACUCGAGAAAUCACAAGCAAAGCGCUUCUAUAAUUUUGUACAAAAAAACUUUGCAGAAAAAGUCAAUAUUAAAAAAAGAAUAUUACAACAUUCAAUACUAGUUGAAAUUUAA